GAUUUUAACAAGCAGUCAAAAAGAGUGGCGAUCUCUACAAAAGCUGCUAUAGUUGCUGCAUCAGUUCCUGCAACAUUAUCUUCAAUUAUCAGUAACAUCAUCAUCAUCCACAGUGUUCGAGUCAACCGACACAUGCAUACAACAACCAACUACUUUAUAGUCAACAUGGCCUGUGCAGAUCUUUUUCUGACAUUGGGUAACACUCCCUAUAACAUUAAGUUCACUUUCAAUUGGUUUGCCUGGUUUCCUGGUCUUCUUGGCCAGAUAACGUGCGCAGCUUUYASUACUUCUCAGUWUGCAAUCAUWUUUGGUUCGAUAUUAAGURUGGUGGUGAUAACAUUUGAUCGAUUUAUGGCCGUAAGUCGUCCUCUGAAGUAUAAGAGCUUCAACCCGUCUUGUAAGUACCUUAUACUUCUAACAUGGGUACUUUCAUUAAGCUUGGCAUCACCGCUGAUGKUUCAUGGUCCAUCUGUGAUCCUCAUCGACAAUGACAAAGCAUACUGCACAUCUGAGAACUCAAUGACCUAUGUUAUAUUGAUGAGUAUAGGAUGCAUCUUUCCACUUACUGUAAUAGUAAUUUUAUGCUUAAUGAUUGCUUAUAAAUUAUGGACCAGGCAUGUUCCUGGAGACAGUAAGGCCUCAGGUGGACAAAAUGCUGUCCUACGGACAUCGAAGAGAGUGACUUAUAUGAUUAUUGCAGUGGUUCUGGCUUUUGGUUUCACUUGGUCCCCAAUGUUUAUCGUCACCUAUAUCGCUGUUAAGGAGUCAAACCACAUGAUUCUGACAAUCAUUUGGCCGAUAGUGUACUACAUCUUAUACCUCAACGGCUCAUUCAACAUGGUCAUUUAUUACAUCUUUAGUGAAAACUACCGUAGUGCUUUUAGAAGUUUGUUUCGUCGUGUAAGGUCAGUUUGUCCACGAAAAGCGACCAAUGUUAGAACCAAUGUUAGAAAUGAGAUGGAAGUASUGGCAUCCGUGCAGAAAGAUCUGAAUCUGGUGGUUGUAACUCCAAGAAAAUGAAUAGAUAAUAGAAAAGAAAUGACAAAUAAAAGUCAGCAGCUUUAAACUUCAUGGAAGAGGCGUACUUGAUAUAAUUUAAAUGUCGAAUCUUAUAUUCCAUAUCUGAAGAUCUUUGUUUUAUUAUAUUUACAACAGAUCACGUAGGGCAAAUURAUUGUAAAUUAGAUUUAUGGCAUUGAGAAUUAAAAGUGUACGACAACAUAUGUAAGUGUAUGUGUUAAUCAAUAAAAGGUUCCAACACCUAUACCGUAUGCGUAAUUAAGGUACUCAUAACUGURUAUUUUCUUCAUUAAGGAACCCUUKAUUUAAACCAAUGAGAGACGGUGUUAUCGAAAAUGAAAUUCGCAGUCCUUAGUGSCAUAUACACCAUCAUCUAAUCCUGGUGGACACUAAGGGACGUCUCACACCAAACAUAAAUAAAAGCAGGCGGCUKUUUCACACUUGACGAACAUAAACCAGUGCUYAUGUUGCGAUGGUUUACACUUGAAAUUGUUUUAACAUAAGCAAAAGCAGRACCUWAMGAGAA